GGGAUGCACGGACAAACGACGAGUCUAGCAUGAACUGUAAACUUUGAGGACAUGGUCCAUACUGACAAAUCCUGCAGACCGUCUGCACCAAAGAAAGCACCUAAGCAGCGGCACCAGAGCCUCCCAUCUCCAGCCCUCUGCUGUGCAUGUGGUCUGUGCAUCCUCUUGGCUGGUAUCAACAUCACCCUGGUGGGCGCUUUUGCCUUUGGCACCUUCAUUCCUACUAAGAACCCUCCCAUAAUUAUUGGACCGCUGCUCUUACUGGUGGCCUUGGCCUUCUUCACAGCCUGCUGUGUGGUCAGCAGGAGGCCCCUCACCCACAAGGCUCAAAAGGUCAAAGGAGGUGAGACCUGGGCGCUGAUGCGGAUGGGAACAGCAGCAUUUGAAAUGGAGAUGAGCGAGUACACGCAGCAAGACACGACUGCUGUCCAGCUCAGUUCUACCAACUCUCACAGCUCUUCUCACAAAUCCUGCUCCAGCCGUGGGGGAGACACCAGUCCACCAGCCUGCCAGGACGGAGCAACUGAACCUCAUAUAUCUGCGACCUUUGUUAUCAAUGUCCCCGACGAUAACCCCAUGGUGACCUCUAGGAGCAAGGGGAGUAACCCCACACAGAUGCUGCCCGUUCACAAUGUGUCCGCGAUGUAGCAUGGAUUUCAUCCUGCAGCUCAGCUCUUUUCAACGGUGUAGUUGGGAAAGAGAUUUUGCGUUUAAACACCCUCUCUGAA